AUGUCUUCGUCUAAUAGGCCUGCCACUCGCUCGUCAGCUCGCCAAGCAGCAAGGCAGGCAGACUCCCUCCGACCUGCUGGCGCUUCUGCUGCUGGGUCCCCGACCGAACCUGCCCCUCCUGCCCCCGCGCCUCGACGAUCCGAACUCCGCAAGCGUAAGGCCACCGCCGAUUUAGAGGUCGCCCCCGAACCGACUCCCUCCACUAGGCGUUCGAAGAGAGCAAAGGUCCCCGACCAACAACCCCCUCAGCCAGCCGCUGCCCCAGCGCCCCCCUCACAGCCCGCAUACUCUCUUAGGAAGAGGAAGGGAAAGCACGCUCCGACUAUGUCGAGUCCAGAGUAUGAAGCCGUCAAAGUUCCCCCCUUUGAACCCCGCCUGCUGACUAUCUCCAGAUCUGCCGCAGGCCCGUCCAUACCCCCUUCGGAAAACGCGCAGUCUGCUUCGUCGAGUCGAAAGUCUAGUCGUAGCAAGAAGAAUGCACAGGGUGAGACUCGCAAGCCACCAACAAGGGCAAAAGCUGCAGCAGCUGACACAAAUGCUCUCGAACCAGCUCCUGGAUCCUCGUCUUCGAACCGACGGUCGCGAAAGAAGCCAAGUAACGCUGAUGAGGAUACUCCCAUGACCGGCACCGAUGAGAAUGAGAAAGCGUCAGCCGCACCUCCACCUCCAGCCCACGAGGACAACUUCGACGAAGACAGUGAGGAGCAUGACGAUGAGGACCACCGAUAUGAUGAGCACGACGACGACGACGUCUUUGGAGGAUUUGGCGGUCCUCCAGGAGGUCUUCACUCCAGCCUCGCGCUCCUCACAGGGAUGAUGUCAGGCAUGGGUUCUCGCCUCAGAGAGAUACUAGCCAAUCUUCGACAAAAGGAGGACCCAAGUCUGCAUCUCAUCGCGCUGAACGAGCUGUCUGAGCUGCUCCUGGUGUCCAACGAGGAUAACCUCCAGGGACACUUCUCGGCAGAUUCCUUCGUGCGUGAGCUGGUCGCGCUGAUGAAGCCGGACGAUUUCAUGGAGGCCAACCCGGAAAUCAUGCUUCUCGCCUGCCGCUGUCUCGCAAACCUCAUGGAGGCGCUACCGUCCAGUGUUACCAACGUUGUGUAUGCCGGCGCCGUCCCGGUUCUCUGUGAGAAGCUCAGGGACAUCCAGUUUAUCGACCUGGCCGAGCAGGCUCUGAGCACCUUGGAGAAGAUCUCUGUCGAGUACCCGUCGGCAAUCGUCAAAGAGGGUGGUCUUGCGGCCUGUCUCGAAUACCUCGACUUCUUCGCCAUGAGCACGCAACGAACCGCUGUAACGACGGCUGCCAACUGCUGUCGCAACCUUCCGCACGACUACUUCGAUGUCGUGAAAGAUGCCAUGAAGAUUCUUCGCGACGUGCUGAAGAACAGCGACCAGCGGGUGGUGGAGCAGGCAUCCAUUUGCGUCUCUCGUAUCGUGGACACCUGGCGCCAUAACCCAAGCAAACUGGAGGCUCUGGUAACGGAGGAUCUCCUUUCCUCGAUUCUGCGGUUACUUCUGCCAGGCAGCACGAAUCUGAUCUCACCCAACAUCCACACCCAAUUUCUGCGAGUUUUGGCAUCAACGGCGAGGGCAAGCCCCAGGCUGUCCGUGGAGCUAAUGAAGAUGAAUGUGGUCGAGACUCUCUACCAGGUUUUGACCGGUGUAUCACCCCCUAAUGGGACGGACGACAUCGCCUCGAAACUCGAUAGCGUGCUCAUCAUGCAAGCACUAAUCCACCGACCACGGGAACAGAUCCUUGAGGCUCUUAAUGUCAUCUGCGAACUCCUGCCCAAGCUGCCCACGGGCGCUGCUGAUCCCACCAAGGGUGGCUUCAACGAAGUACCUCCACCCGAAGUGAACACUGGAUCAUCCUCAACAUCGAGACGCAGAACCUCAGACGAGAAACGUAUCCAGCUGUUGGAAGGCUGCAAGACAGAGGUCCGGCGAUUUGCGUUGAUUCUGUUCCCGACUCUGACGGAUGCCUUCUCCAGCACGGUAAACCUCAGUGUGAGGCAAAAGGUCUUGUUGGCGCAGCUUAAGAUGUUGUACAACUUGGACGAGGCAAUUCUCACAGAAGCCCUGGCACCGGUGCCAUAUGCCUCCUUCCUCGCGUCGAUCCUCUCCCAGAAAGACGAUCUUACCCUCGUGACGGCAGCCUUGCAAGCCACAGAGCUUCUCAUGACACGGCUGGGAAACAUUUAUCAAUAUCAGCUGUACAGGGAGGGCGUUAUCGCGGAAAUCGCAAAGGUGGCUGAAGAGACUGAGGCUGAUGCGAAGGCAGUCAUUGAAUCUCAAAACUUACCAAGGCGUCCAUCUGCGGCUUCUGAAGACCGAUCUUCACACAAUGGCUCAUCUGACGACGACGACGAUGAGGACGCGGGUGAUGAACAUGAUGAAGACGAUGAGGACGACGAGCCGUCGCACCACUCGUCUGAUGACGAGCAUGACGAAGAAAACGAAGACGACGAAGACGAGGAGCACGAAAACGAAGGCCGGCCUCAGGUGAUGUCAAGGUCUCCCGAUAGCUCCGGGGGAUCUACCAUGUCAAUUGAUGGGCCACCGCGGCCGCCUCCUUUCACGGGCACUCAGUUGCUGCGAUCCAAAAUCCACAAGGAUGCAAAGCAGUUCUUGGAGACGCAUGAGACGGAGAAGAACGCCAAGUCUAUGAAGAAGAGGGCUACCAAGAUUUUGACGGACCUAACGGAUUUGGCGAACGAGAUCGAGGCUUUCUAUCUCCGGCCGACCUCCUCGGGCAGUAUCGCUGGUGAGAAUGGCAGGAAGCUUUUCGAGAAAUUGGCAACCUAUUUCGAUUCCGACUUGUUUGAGAGCGCAACAAGUGCAGAGCUGCUUGCUUCGGGUGUUGUGCGAGUCCUUGAACAGGUCUUCAGCAACCCCGACGAGGAUCUCGCGAUGGCUGCUCAAGCAGCGUUCAUUGAGGUCUUCAUGGGAUACACUGUCAAAUCGAAGCCCAAGACGGCAACUGCUGACUCGCCGGCCACCCCCUUCAGUAUGCUGGUACACAAGCUACAAGAUUUACUGAGCCGAUCAGAGCACUUCGAGGUCCUCACUGUGUCUAGUGCUUCACAUGGUGACAGUCACCGCAGUAGUCCAGCAUCCAUGCUGGCCAAACAGAUCCGCCUGAAGCUCACCGCCGACGACGACUCCGACAUUCCCAAGGUGUACCGAAACAUUAUGGUGUCCAUACAUGCAAUCGCAACGUUCAAGUCAUUGGAGGACUAUUUGCGCCCUCGCAUCAGUCUCUCUGACCGCCCGCGCCCUCCACGAGGCAACCGCGAGAGUCUCACGAGAGCCCUGGCCGCAAUGACAGGAGGAGCAUUCCCCUUCGGCGCCGGCUCACCCUCAGGGUCCGCUCGUCUUCCCUCCCGCCUGCCACCGCAGCUUGGUAGUGCAACUCCGCCGCCACCUCCGCCGCCAGUCCCACCUACGGCCUCCGGCUCUCGAUCAUCGCGAAAGACCAAAACCUCCAGGUCGCUCCCAACAGCAGAGACCCCAGCCACACCGGACCCCGCUUCUUCGGCACCGGGCGCAAAAGUCAUACUGCGUAGGUCCAGUCGACGCAGCACGGCGCCAACAGAUUCACCACAGCCAAGCCGCCCGCCCCCAGCCGACGAAGACGACCUUGAGGACGCGCUCGAGUGUGCUGAUGAAAAGCAUAUCACCGAAGAUGAGGAGACACCGGACCGCAGUGCUCUUGAUACUAUUGUGGGUGACCUCGAUGAAGACAUGGGUGACGCACCAACUCCUGAUCCUUCUGCUGUGAACCUCGAGGUUGCAGCUGGUGGCAAGAUAACAGCACGGAAAGAGGACGGAACUCGCGUGCCAACUCCAUCGCAGGGAAGCAGCAGUAGCAACAACAACAACAACCUUGCUCAACGUUCGAGCCUUCUCGCCAACGCUCUGUUGAACUCUCCUUCGCCUUCGUCUCCUUCUCGGUCCAUGUCUUACGCGGCUGCGAUCCAGUCCGUCCCGCAAGACUGGCACUUGGAAUUCAGCCAUCAGGGCAAGGUCUUGACCAAUGACACGACGGUGUAUCGUGCAGUUCAGAAGCCAGCAAUAGACUCCAAUGACUAUUCGAGCCGGAAUGUCUGGAUUCUGACUCACGAGAUCAAGAUCCGGCGUGUUCCAGGGCCCCCGUCGGCCGAGAGGCUCUCCUUUGGUUCAGCUUCCAACGAGGAUAGCGAGAACGGUGAAGGCAACAGCCCAGCAUCGUUGGCCAAGCACCCCAACACUGCGUCCAUCCUGCGGCUGCUGAAGAUUCUGCAUAACCUCAAUGCGAACAUUGACGACGUGCUUGUGGAAAACAAGGCCACUCUCAAGCUGAACAUCGAACCCCUGUCGCAGUUCGUCAACACCAAGCUCACAUCGAAGCUCAACCGGCAGCUAGAGGAGCCUCUGAUUGUUGCCAGCAACUGUCUCCCAAGCUGGAGCGAGGAUCUAGCCCGGCUGUAUCCUUUCCUCUUUCCCUUCGAGACCCGUCAUCUGUUCCUUCAGUCGACCUCGUUUGGCUACGCUCGGUCCAUGAAUCGCUGGCAGAACGCUCAGUCCCAGGAAGAGUUGAGACGUAACCGCGAUGACCGCCCGUUCCUUGGUCGUCUACAGCGACAGAAGGUGCGCAUCUCACGGGCCAAGAUCCUCGAAUCGGCUUUGAAGGUCAUGGAUCUAUACGGAAGCUCGCAGAGCAUCCUCGAGGUGGAGUACUUCGAGGAAGUCGGUACUGGUCUUGGCCCAACCUUGGAGUUCUACUCAACCGUCUCGAAGGAAUUUGCCAUGAAGAAACUCAGGCUUUGGAGAGAUGCGGACCAGAAUGAGUCCGAUGAGUAUGUCUCUGGUCCAACUGGUCUAUUCCCACGGCCACUGAGCGAAGAUGAUGUGACCACCCCAAAUGGCGAACGCAUCCUGCAGCUCUUCAGGACGCUGGGCAAGUUCACGGCUCGGUCAAUGAUUGAUUCCCGAAUCAUCGAUAUCAACUUCAACCCCAUCUUCUUCCGCAUUGGCGAUGAGACCUCAGGCAUCAAGCCUUCCCUUGGGGCCAUGAAGCUUGUGGAUCCUGUCCUUGCCAGAUCCUUGGUCCUAGUGAAGAAGUUCGCCUUGGCCAAGAAGACAAUUGUCGAAGAUCCCAACCGGGACGCCACACAAAAGGUCAAUGACAUCCAAGACAUCACCGUGGAUAACGGCGUGCGGGUCGAAGAUCUGUCACUCGACUUCACCCUCCCAGGCUACCCAGAGAUUGACUUAGUGCCCAACGGCUCGCAAAUCAUGCUGACCAUCGACAACGUGGACAACUACCUCGACCGAGUGAUCGACAUGACACUGGGCAGCGGUGUCCGCCGUCAGGUUGAUGCUUUCCGUACAGGUUUCUCCCAGGUGUUCCCGUACAGCGCGCUCAGGGCUUUCACCCCUGAUGAACUGUGCACCUUGUUCGGCCGCACUGAGGAGGAUUGGUCGCUUGCCACUCUUAUGGACUCCAUCAAGGCAGACCACGGCUUCAACAUGGACAGCAAGAGUGUCAGGAACUUGUUGCAAACCAUGAGUGAGAUGACGCCGGUUCAGCGACGGGAGUUCCUGCAGUUCACUACCGGAAGCCCCAAGCUUCCCAUUGGAGGAUUCAAGAGUCUUACACCAAUGUUUACCGUCGUCUGCAAGCCGGCGGAGGCACCGUACACUUCGGACGACUAUCUCCCCAGUGUCAUGACCUGCGCCAACUAUCUCAAGCUGCCCGACUACACUGAUGUCAAGAUUCUGCAGAAGCGUCUUUUCACAGCCACCAAGGAGGGCCAGGGCGCAUUCCACCUUUCUUAG